AUGGCUAAACACAUCUGGAGGGGUAAACAUCAAGAAACAAAAAAUGUCAAGGCUCUUCGUAAGAUAUUCAGCGACGAAGAUUUCUAUCGAAUCAAGGUGAAGGCUUCCGCCUUGGAAAAACUGUAUCGGCUUUACCGUAGGCAUCACCGUAUUGGAAAAUCAAUUCUUCCCAAGGCUCGUGUCCCCAAGAAAAGAAGAGCAGAUGCAGCAGCAAAGCGAGCAAAAAAACCAGUUGUCUAG